AUGGAUGAAGAUAUCUCCAAGUUGAUGGACGGCCGAUAUGAGGCUAAUUUGCCUGACGGGCGGGAUGAAUAUGGCAAGUCAGACGAAUACGCCAAGCUUGGACGCUGUCUGCUCCUUGAGAAUGUGACCGGGGGUCGCCCCCGCGCAGACCAGAGUAGGUUUCUGUCAUUACCAGCAGACAUCCUAGCGUCAAUCGUCGAUAUAUUGUCAGCAAAUGCCAAGUCCGACCUUGGAUCCUUGGCUCUAGUCAAUAGCGACUGCCAGCAGCUGGCUCGCUCUGGACAGUUUUCCGACGUCCACUUUGACUACAGCUACGGUGCCCAGCACCUCGCCUUGCAUCUUCGUAGAGAUGCCGAUCGGCAAAUAAACAACAAGGCCAUUAAUUCAGUCAGUAUCGGCUCAUGCGUGCGUCGAGUGACCUUCGCUUCAAACCCCGAUCAUGUUGCUGAGUAUCACCCGGAAGUCUUUGGCUUGGCUUGGGGUGAUCAAGGGUCUCGCUCCGCGGAGGAAAAGGACCAGUUAAAACGGGAGGCAUACGAGUACUAUCGCAAUGUGCAAGAGUCUACACUAAUUGCUCUCUCCACAAUGCCCAAUCUUGAGGUUCUCAAGUGGAGUGACGACAUCGCCAUAGACGAGGAAUUCUUCAAGCAUAUUUCCCGUUCGUCAGCCCAGCACAUCAUACUGGAUUGUUUGAGUCUCAAGAUGCCCAUUACACUACGACAUCCCAUUGUACCAGCAGUGUGGCCUUUGCGCAAACUUGAUCUCGAUGUGAGGCUGCCGAGGCAAGUCGAGGACGGGAAGCCGGCCGACUCUGGGUUCUAUGAAGAUUUGCUUCGGCUAUGUGCCCCUUCGCUAGAAUCUCUCAAGUUCAAUGAACGAGGCUCCGAGGUGUCCAAGAUGGUGUUCUUCAAGGAGCAAGAUCCUCCGUCAUUCCCGCGUCUGCGCAAUUUACGCCUUCGCGUACUUGACCCUCCCACCUCCUUUAUUUCGCUUUUUACGGAUUCCCCAGUGAAAAGUCUUGAGAUGCCAAAGGAAAUCCGGAAUACUAGUAGCAUGGCCGCCCUGGCUGCCGAUAGAUUUCCGGAUCUUGAAAGCUUGGUCGUGCCUCACUUGCCGUUCAGUAAUACACUGAGCGGAGAGAUAGCCUGCUUCUUACAAGAGCAAAAGAAAAUCCAAAAGCUGUGUGUACAUGAGAAUAGCUACGCAAAGGGAAACCGGGCACAUCUUGACCGCCAUAUCAUUCCAGUCCUGGCCCAAGGAGGUUUCGAAUAUCUUACCAGCCUCUCCCUACAAUGGGGCGGGGCGGGGAUAGACCAGACUGCGACGGGUGUCGUACACGUUGCGGAAACAUCCUUGGCUGUGCUGGGCCAAAUCACGUCGCUGCAAAAACUGAAACUUGCGGCCGGGGUGACUUCCGGAUGGCAAUGCCAGUGGCUUGUAGACCAUGAAAGUCUGGCCAAGCUUCUGAGGCCACUGCAAAACCUGCAGCUCCUGGCAUUUUACCGUGACACAUACUCGACAUUAGGGGACAGCGACCCGGAUGUCGAAGAUUAUUAUAUGAGAAGGACUCUCACGGAAACAGGGCGUUCAAUCGCCAGUGACCGACCAGAACUUGACGUGGGCUCUGAUCAAGGCACAGGCCCAGCAGGGAUGAUCUGGGAAAGGGCACAUCGUAACCGCAUGCUAAAGUAUGCCGAAGGCUAUGCAUCCGUUCUGCAAACUCUCGAGACGAUAGUCUGCGGACAACUUCCAAUAGCUAUUAAAUGCGACCCACAGGAAUCAAAGGGAAUUAGGAAGGCAGUGCCGCUCACAAAGGAUCGAGAUGUUUGCUAUACUUACUUACAGACAACUUUCGGCUUGGGAACAUGGUUGGAAGUAGUCGAGACGCCAUAA